CAGCCACAACUACAACCAGAGAGAGAGAGAGAGAGAGAGGGAGAGACAGGUAGAAAAAGACAGGGUUGUCCACCAGAAAGGUGCAGGAGCAGUGGUCCUGACAUUUCUCAACAAUCCAGCAGAGUCUCUGACUACAGCAGACAUGGCAACAGCCAGCAGUAUCCUCUCUGAGGAUCAGUUCCUGUGUUCCAUCUGUCUGGAGGUGUUCACUGAUCCAGUCACCAUUCCAUGUGGGCACAACUUCUGCAAGAGGUGCAUCACACAACACUGGACUGUUAAUGUCCAGAACAAGUGUCCCAUGUGUGCAGAUGUCUUUAAUAGAAGACCGGAGCUGCGGGUCAACGUAUUUAUAUCUGAGAUGGCUGCUCAGUUCAGACAGUCAGCUGUAAAUAAAGCCAGCAGCAGCAGUGUAAUGCAUCAGGGAGACAACGCAGGAGAUGUUCUGUGUGACGUCUGCAGUGAAACCAGACUGAAGGCUGUGAAGUCCUGCCUGGUGUGUCUGACCUCCUACUGUGAGACUCAUCUGGAGUCUCAUCAUGGAACCCCAGGUAUGAAAAGACAUCAGCUGAUGGAUCCAGUGAAGAACCUGGAAGACAGACUGUGUAAGAAGCAUGACCGACCUCUGGAGAUGUUCUGCCAGACAGAUCAGGUGUGUGUUUGUCAGUUCUGCACCGAGUCAAAUCACUGGAGGCAUUCCUUUGUUCCUCUAAUAGAAGAAUAUCAGCACAAGAAAACUAAACUGGAGAACACAGAGGCUGAAAUUCAGGAGAUGAUUGAAGAGAGACAACUGAAGAUGGAGCAGAUAAAAGAGUCAGUGAAGCUCAGCAAGGAGGAAGCAGACAGAGAGACAGCAGCCAGUGUGCAGGUCUUCACUGCUCUGAGUCAGUCUGUACAGAGAGGUCUGGCUCAGCUCAUCCACACGAUUGAAGAGAAGGAAAAAAGCACAGAGAAACAGGCCGAAUGCUUCAUCAAAGAGCUGGAAGAGGAAAUCAGUGAGCUGAUGAAAAGAAGCUCUGAGGUGAAGCAGCUGUCACACACUGAGGACCAGCUCCUCUUCCUCCAAGGCUUCAAAUUUCUGGACCGUGCUACUCCCACCAAAGACUGGACUGAGGUCAGAGUUCACGCGUCAUAUGAGGGGAUUGUGAGGAGAGCUGUGGUCCAGCUGGAGGAGACGCUCAGUGAAGAGGUGAAGAGACUUUGUGCUGAAGUGGAGCUGAAGGGGUUCAGGAGGUUUGCAGUGGAUGUGACUCUGGAUUCUGAAACAGCAAACCCCUUUCUCAUCCUGUCUGAGGAUCGGAAACAAGUCAGCCAUGGAGACAGACAGAAUGUUCCAGAAAGCCCAAAUAGAUUUUCUUAUUCUACUGUUCUAGGAGCACAAGGUUUCUGUUCAGGCAGAUUUUACUAUGAGGUUCAGGUUAAAGACAAGAUUGACUGGACUGUAGGAGUAGCCACAGAGUCCAUCAAUAGGAAAGACUCCACCAAAAAUAUGGCUAAGAAACACCUCUGUGCUAUAUGUUUGAGAGAAGGAAAGUGUCAAGUUGUUGCCUCUACAAUUUGUAUCUCACUGAAGUCGAAGCCUGAGAAGUUGGGCGUGUUCGUGGACUAUGAGGAGGGUCUGGUCUCCUUUUAUGAUGUAGACGCUGCAGAUCUCAUCUACACCUUCACUGGCUGUAACUUUACAGAGAGAGUCUACCCAUAUUUCAAUCCCCGUCAUAAUUUAAAUGGUACAAACUCCACCCCGCUGAUCAUCUGUCCUGUCACUACACAGUGAAAACAGGGAAUCUUGGGUACCUCUUGGAACACAACCAAACUAAUCCCACAGCAUUUUUUUUUUAUUGUUACCUCCACUAGGAGGUUAUGUAAUCAUCGGACGGAUUUUCACCAAAUUUUUACAGAAUGCCCGGAAGAGCAAAAGUAACAAUCAAUUAGAUUUUGGACACAGAGAGAUGGCCAGGCCAUCUCUCUCAAUUGUACAGAGUCCUUCAAAAAAAUCCUGGAUCCAGACGGUGAUCCGGAUCACCUCCAAAAUCUAAUCGAUUGUUACUUUUGCUCUUCCGGGCAUUCUGUAAAAAAUUGGUGAAAAUCCGUCCAUGACUUUUUGAGUUAUGCUGUUAACAGACAAACAGACAGACAAACAGAUGGCCUGGCGGAGGUCUGCGCUCUCCGAGUGCUUUUCUAGUUUUCUUUAUGCAUUUACAUUUUCUACAUUUCCUGAUUUAGGUUGAACUCAAACUGAAUUGAAAACUAUCUUAGUUUAAUUGUAGAUGGUGAUUGUGUUCAUAGUUUGUAUACAUAGUUUGAUACCAUCAGAUAAAUAUCUGUCAGAAAGCACUUUGACUCAACAUCUAUUCAUUGAAAUGUGACAUUUAACUAAUGGUGACUUGACUCAACAUGUUGUUCUUUGUUAAAAAUGUAAUGUAAUGUUGUGCCAGUUAGUCUACAAACCUACAUGUGGCUGCAGAAAGAUCAACGAGCAAAGGGAAAGCAACUUGUGUGCUUUAAGUCUACAAUCCACCAUCAUCAGCAGAGGUACUUUAGGAAGUUUAUUGUCAUUCAAAGGGAAUAGCUCUUGAGGUCUUUGUGGGAGUUUGCCCAUUCGGCCUCUUUAGUUUCUGUCACUUCAAAAAAUUCUUGCUGUCUAAUGUCACAGAUUCAGGAUGUACCUGAGAGGACAACAAUUCAUGUCAUGUGACCCUUUAUCAAAGAUGCUAAAUUCUUUGUAUCCAAUAUUAUGAAUAGCAUGUAUAUGGAACUAGAAGUUAUGUUGACAUUUUGAGAAGGAAGCUGUGUUGUAGUACUCUUGGCCAUUCAGUUUCAGUGACAGACAACAUUUGCUCAUGUGCAGUGCUUAAAUACAACUUUGAUUUACGAGUAUGAUCAUUUUCGUUUUGUGCUACUUUAUACCCACAAUUCACUACAUUUCAGAGGGAAAUAUUGUACUUUCUACUUCACUGCAUUAAUUUGACAGCUUUAGUUACUUUUAAAAUGAAGAUUUUACACAGUGGAUAAGAUAAUAAGCUUUAAAAACACAGCACAAACUCCACCAAGUAAUGAUGGAAGAAAUUUCACAAAUUAACCUUGACAAGGCACACCUAUGAAUUAAAAACUAUUUCAGGUGACUACCUCAUGAAGCUCGUCCAGAGAACGCCAAGAGUGUAAAGCAGUAAUCAAAGCAAAGGGUGGUUAUUUUGAAGAAUCUGAAAUAUAAAACAUGUUUUGACUUUUUUCACUUUUUUUUACUACAUAAUUCUGUAUGUGUUCAUUCAUAGUUUUGGUGCCUUCAGUGAGAAUCUACAAUGUAAACAGUCAUGAGAAUAGAUAAACCAUUAAAUGAGAAGGUGUGUCCAAACUUUUUACUGCUUGUGUAGUUAAAGUUUAACUAGUGGUUUUCAAGACAUUUGGCUUCUUCCAAAAAUCAGUGUGACGGCAAAUGUUUCAAUGAUCGAAUAUCUCAUCAAUAGUAAAAAAUUAAAGGAAAACUGAAAACAGAUAUGUGGAAAAUAA